UGUGGAGGGCUCAUCCCGGUGAAGCCUCUGUCCACUCCAAGAGCCCCUCUCUCUCCGGAGUGGCUCAAAGGGCCUUUUGAGUGAGGGAACGGGCAGCCUGCCGGCCUGGGAGGGAAGAUAAAGGCGUGAGAUCCCCGGAGGGCUCAAAGGGUCAGGGGCUGUGUAUCUGGUGACUUCUGAAUGCAAGUUCCAACAAAGAGAAAUCUGUGGUGGGAGAGCCUCAGCGAAGGAAAUAAAAUCUCCAUGAAAACAAACUUUUGUUGGAAGCUUUCUCCUCUUGUUUUGGCAGCGUUGCUAAGUCCUGGAAGGGGAAGGCCGUGUCUUCCGGAGCAGUUGGGAGGCUCUCAGAUUGUCCAAAUAUCAGCUUGCUACUAGGGAACUGUUUUUCUCCCACCAGGAGGACAGGGCUUGGGAGUGAGCGCAGGAGUAAUUCGUUUUCUAAUCAAGGCUAGAAUGAGUAAAAGAAAAGCUAGGGGGCAGCGCAGAGAGCUGUGGACUAUGGGUUAGGCCCUCGGUGGACACAGCAUUGUGUGUGAUACGGUUUGGUGACUCGGGCAGACCCUGGGCCUGCCUUGUCUCAGCUGUAAAAUGGACACAACUUGCCCAAGGUCUUUCAGCUAGAAAAGCAGGAUGUAAACUUCUGUUUUCCAGUGCCUUAUAAUUCACGAAAACCAGAGGAUGGAGAUGAAAGGAUCUUUGAAGGCAUCAGAGGACCACGGGAAGGUGAAGUCCAGAGCAGGAUUCUGAGGCUUUCUGUCCUCCAUGCUGCUCACCAGAAAAGGGACUGUGAACUGUGCUUUGACACUAGCUGACAGGAAGAAUUUCUGGCCCAGCUGGGAGUGAGAAGAGGGAGUGAGUCUCCUGAGAGCCAUCCUCGAGUCCGCCAGGAUCACCCGAACAAUCCUCGAUGUGAAUCAAUCCCAUGAUGCAACAUGCCUCCCCAGCCCCCGCUCUGACGAUGAUGGCCACGCAGAAUGUCCCUCCCCCACCCUACCAGGACAGCCCGCAGAUGACAGCAACUGCCCAGGCUCCCUCUAAGACCCAGGCUGUCCACAUCUCUGCACCCUCGGCCGCUGCCAACACGCCUGUGCCCAGUGCCCCCAUUGACCCCCAGGCCCAGCUGGAGGCUGACAAGCGAGCUGUAUACAGGCACCCUCUUUUCCCGCUCCUGACGCUGCUGUUUGAGAAAUGUGAACAGGCCACCCAGGGCUCAGAGUGCAUCACCUCUGCCAGCUUUGAUGUGGACAUCGAGAACUUUGUCCACCAGCAGGAACAGGAGCACAAACCCUUCUUCAGCGAUGACCCAGAACUGGACAAUCUGAUGGUGAAGGCAAUCCAGGUCCUGAGAAUUCACCUGCUGGAAUUGGAGAAAGUCAAUGAACUCUGCAAGGACUUUUGUAACCGGUACAUCACCUGCCUCAAAACCAAGAUGCACAGCGAUAACUUGCUCAGGAAUGACCUCGGGGGACCCUACUCCCCCAAUCAGCCCUCCAUAAAUCUUCACUCACAGGACCUCCUGCAGAAUUCCCCCAAUUCCAUGUCUGGAGUCUCCAAUAACCCCCAGGGGAUUGUGGUCCCAGCCUCAGCGCUCCAGCAGGGCAACAUCGCCAUGACAACCGUCAACUCACAAGUGGUGUCAGGUGGAGCCUUAUACCAGCCAGUUACCAUGGUAACCUCCCAGGGUCAGGUGGUCACCCAAGCAAUCCCCCAGGGAGCCAUCCAGAUCCAGAAUACACAGGUUAACCUUGACCUCACCUCCCUCCUGGACAAUGAGGAUAAGAAGUCCAAGAACAAACGAGGAGUCUUGCCCAAGCAUGCCACCAAUAUAAUGCGUUCUUGGCUCUUCCAGCAUCUCAUGCACCCCUACCCCACGGAGGAUGAGAAGAGGCAGAUCGCAGCCCAGACAAACCUCACCCUCCUGCAAGUAAAUAACUGGUUCAUCAAUGCCCGGAGGCGCAUCCUGCAGCCCAUGCUUGAUGCCAGCAACCCAGACCCUGCCCCUAAAGCCAAGAAGAUCAAGUCGCAGCACCGACCCACCCAAAGAUUCUGGCCCAACUCCAUUGCUGCAGGGGUGCUGCAACAGCAGGGCGGAGCCCCGGGAACAAACCCUGACGGUUCCAUCAGCUUGGACAACCUGCAGUCCCUGUCCUCAGACAAUGCCACAAUGGCCAUGCAACAGGCCAUGAUGGCUGCACACGAUGACUCAUUGGAUGGGACAGAAGAAGAGGAUGAGGAUGAGAUGGAAGAGGAGGAGGAAGAGGAGCUGGAGGAGGAGGCCGACGAGCUUCAGACGACAAAUGUCAGCGACCUGGGCUUGGAACACAGUGACUCCCUGGAAUAGUUGGCAGCCCAGAUGGCACUGGUCACCGAGCAGGAGAGGAGUGUCGUCAGGAAGGCUCCAGGGUGGGAGGGAGGGGGGCACCGCAGGCAGCACCGAGGAAGUUGGCCCUAGCUUCCCCAAAUCAGUAGCUUGAAGAAAUGCAGAGGAGACACCUGCUCCUUCCCAACUACCAAGCUUCAAUGAGCACCCCAGCCCCACUUCCCUGAACUGCAGAGGACUCCGUUUGUGGGGCCGGUCAAGCAGCCUACACGGAACGGCAGGAGUGAGAGCUGGACUCACCAAAUGCCUAAGGACAGAUGGCACCCAUGCCCCGCCCCCCACUGAAGGACUUGAGUUGUUUACAAGCCCUGUACUGUGAGGCGGAUCGGUGCUGUUCAGAGUGAGCCUUGCCAGGGACAGAGUUAGGAGGAAAGGGAGAGUCAAGGGGGUCUGGGUUCCACCCCUGUGAGGUUCUCAGCUCCUUGACAGACAUUCAAGGGCAGGAGGAGCCCAGACGCAUCACCAGUGGCUAGCAGAGUGGGAGGCCCUGAGGCGCAACAUCCUGCAUAUCGGAGCGGGACCUGGGCUCCCGAAGGCUCCAGCUCAUUCCUCCAAGAACCUGUCUCAGGCAUGGGCAACCGUGGACUUGGGAGAGAGGGCAGGAGCCACCACAGACACCUUCUCUCUCUCUCCCCCCCCCCCAGAAUGAAUGGUAAGCUGGCAGGCUCGGAUUGUAGGGGGUUAAGAGGAAUCCCUUCCCCCGGGUUGGCUCCAGGACCCAAGGAGAUGGCAGAACCUGAGCUAGGAGCCAUAUCAAGAUGACUUUGGGGACCACAGCCAUCCCUAGGUGGUCACAGAACUCAGCUCCUGUAACAACAGGACAAUGGUGUCUUAUCCCAGAUGUUCCAGCCCUCAGAUGGAGCUCCUCAGAUGUCCCGGCCCUCAGCCCCCCAUGGCUGUCCCCUUGCUCCCAGGCUGGCUCCACCAGCCCCCAUUUUGCUCUCUUCUUCAUUCUAUCCUUCAGAGAAGGCAGAAGAAACAUUGGAAAAGAAACAUCCAGUCCAGUGGGAAGCCAGGGGUUGGAGAAGGUGCUACAUCCCUCUUCCCAUCAAUAUCCGAAGUGUGGGCGAGGGCCCAGAGAAAUGGUGCCCCAGCGCUAAGUGGUGCCCCACCCCCACACACCUGGUUGAUCUACCCACCACCAUGACACACAGCACUGGAGGAACUGGGGCUCCCUCGAGGAGGAGGCUUUCCAUCACCUGCCCUAACUCACACCCUCCCACCCCAACUUCCAGGCCCCCAUGAUUGGCACCCCUCCUCCCCUCUUCUCCCACCCCUUGGCUGUGAAUGACAGGACUGAUCACACGUGUGUUUUCCAUUGGAUUUUAAUUUAAUGGACUUGCCGUUUCAUUUGUAAAUUGUGCAUUGGCCAUCUCCUUCAGUGGCAGGAUGCGAGUGGCUACCUGGCUCAACCUGAGGGGACCCUCAGGGCCCUCUGGGGCUUCCCCUCCCCCACCUGGUUGGGGUGGAGCAAAAAGAUGGUCGCUUUCCUGAGGUCUCCCUGAAAUGAAUGUAUUUCUCCCCCAAAAGAGCUGAUAUUUAAUGUUUUAAUAGGGAUUUUUGAGAAACAAAUAACCUUAUUUAUAAUCUGGGUGAUCCAAUCAUUUUUUACUCCCUUUUGAUGCCAUAAGUAGAGGAAAGUCUAGCUUUUUUGGCGUGAGACUUUUGCAAUGUGCAGUGGGAUAAAAUACAUUUCCUUUUCUGGUUCGUCUUUCUUGUUCUCUCUCUCUCUCUCCCUCACACAUCACACACACACACACACACACACACACCCUUUCACCUACCACUUUGGACGGCAAUCCACCCAGCACAGGCAAACGGCACACAGGCCCACACAUCCUCCUCCCAGCCCCUCCACCUGCCUAAUGUUAUGCAACCUCCCUCUGAUGUAUCCACCAAACCAGUACCGAAUGUGGCCGAGAAGUUUUCAGUAAAUCUUAUUACCUACCAUAAUUCUGGUGCGCAAUUCUUUUUCCGUGGUUAGUGGUUAGUGGGACCCUGGACCGGAGAAAAUUUGGAGGCCUUAGCCUACCUCUUGUUGAACUAAAUACCUAUGGAAGGGAACAAGGUAGAAGGCUCUCUGAGUGACCUCAGUUUACCUGUCUGGGCAAAAAGACAGCCACGUUUGGCAUACGUGUCCGGCUCAAAGACAAAGAGAGAAGAGAGAGAAGACCGGAGGACGCUCUGCACUGCCCUCUCCUGGCAAUUCUCCCCCAUAGCAGUGGCGCGCUCAGAAUGCGGUCCCUUCCUGCACCAUACCCUACCUCCUUCAAAGGCCUUUGCUUUUCCCCGAGGCAUCCUAGGCUCCAAGGGUUUUCAUCCUCAAAGCUGGUGGCACCACUGCCUCUCCCCCAGUUCUCCCACGUCCACCCAGGGCCCAGGAAUUGGAAAGGAGAGGAAGUCUUGACUGUCGCUUUUAAUCCUAGAGCUGUGUCCAGAGAGGAGCCUGCCCUCUGAACCCCAGGGCUCAGCACUGUAUCCCCCAGGGGCAAGUGGAAACUUAGGCACAGCUCCUAACCCCAAGUAAGCAAGCUUUCUUGUUACUUUCAGCCCAGAGUUUUCCUUACCUGGGCACUGUUGGUGAGAUGUCCAGGGUAUCGGUUUAGGAGCAAGAGGGGCCGUCCCUUGUUCACAUUCACAAAGGCCGGGGAGUCUGCACUUACCUGUGGACACCCUCCAGCCAGGCUGAAAGUGGGGAAGGGAGUGCUCACAUGGGCAAAAUGGGCCUGCACGCAGCCCUGUGCUCCCUAGGUCACCGCUCUCAAAGACCCCAAGCCUCCCGUCAUACCGAGAGAGUCUGCAAACACAGACCGCCACCGCUAGGCAGUAAAAAAGUCUCAAGACCCGCAAGAAGAGGGUACCUUAGAGCCCCAUCUCCCAGAGCUGGGAAACCAGCAGACUUUCAAAGAAGUGUUUUCCAAGGAAGACACUGUUAAAAGACAUGCCAUCAAAAAAAAAAAAAAAAAAAAAAACC